AUGUCUGAGCAAAGACAGCGUUCGUUGUCAACGUCUGGUGAGGCAUUAUAUCAAAUUCUUGGCUUAGAAAAAGGUGUGACUCAUGAUGAAAUUAAGAAAUCCUACAGAAAAUUAGCACUUAAACAUCAUCCAGACAAGAAUCCUGAUAAUCCUCAUGCAGCAGAAACAUUCAAAGAGAUCAACAAUGCGCACGCAAUCCUUAGUGAUUCUUCAAAAAGGAAUAUUUAUGAUAAAUAUGGUUCAUUGGGGCUGUACGUCGCAGAACAAUUUGGAGAAGAAAACGUUAAUGCCUACUUCAUGCUGUCUAGUUGGUGGGCAAAGGGUCUGUUUGCAAUCUGUGGACUCUUGACUGGCUGUUAUUUUUGCUGCUGCCUCUGCUGCUGCUGUAAUUGUUGUUUUGGAAAAUGCAAACCCAAACCAACAGGGGGAGAGGACUAUGAAUGUUAUGUGUCGUCUGAGGACUUAGAGGAGGAAAUCAAGACAGAUAUGGAAUCAGAUGGAUAUACACCAAUCGUAAUGCAACCAACAAAUGCAAAUGAGAAAACACAGCUGAUUGGAGACAAUCAACGCUCUUAUCAAACAGACUCAUAG